AUGAGGCGACAAAGAGGACCGAUGGUUAUUCUCCCGAUGAUCGACGACAUUCCAUCCCGUCCUGCACACUUCUCGAUGCUACAAAAUUACCAGUUCUAUAUCUUUCCAUCCAGGCGGGAUAUCGUAUCAAUAGCGAAGGGACCUCGAACCCUCCAGUUUUCAAAUCUAAAUUUUACUGAGCCCCUGGCGAUUCCGAGUCAGAUGACCGUACCUGCGUCUCAGCGCAUCCGAAUAGAUUCGUGCUUUCCCUUCACACGAAAGCGGUUGACAUUGACGAGUCUUCAGCUUCAAAUCAUCGUGGACCUGGAGUGGCUGGAGGAGCUGAGAGUCAACUUCCUCGCAAAUCAGUAUUUGAGAAUUAGCGACGUCGAUAUCAAGCGAUGUGGCAGGCGGUUUCAUAAAGAGCAAGCCAGUACUCGCUGUCUUGAUAUUUAUUCUCCUCUCCACCGUUCAAAAAAUUGGGAAAGAGGGGGCGGGAUCUGGAUGGCUGUCAUGGAAGUGGCUAGAUGUCGUUGCGCAAUGCGGGGCCCCAGCAAAAUUUCUCGCCAAGGGAAGAAGCAAGCAUGGAGGGGAUUGACAUCUCUCCUUGCUCAACCUUUGGUUAAUGAUUGGUGGUUCUACCUUCAUGACGUCGGAGCCGUGGUCGUAGAGUUGACCACGGCCACAAGGGCGCAAAUCCCAGACUGGGAUCCUUGCAUGAAGAGCAUUUUCACAUUCCGCGUAUCAGGCAACGCAGAGCAUGGUCAUCUACCAAUGGAACACUCAAACAAGGCUUCCCGACUUCACACCCGACUCAGAAAUCAGGCGCUUCGCAUCUUGGAGCCCUCAAGGCGCCUUCUUGUCCUCCCGGCUGAGAUCAGACUCCGAAUCUACGAAUAUGUGUUCUGGGGCAUGACGAUGAAUGUAUUUAGAAUGCUAUCCAACUGCACUCGCGCACAUGCUCGUCCGCUUCCGAUGGGUCAUCAAAUUCGUCAAGUUCUGGAGAAAGUUGGAACCCCGGAUGAGAAAUCGCUUCACACGCGUCAAGAUCCCCGUCAGAAACAUGCAGGAAAUCUUCUGGAUUCCUAUCACGACUCAAUCUACAUGUCCCGGUACUUACGGGAAGAGGAGCAGCAUGAUGUAGAGGCCCUCGAGGAGAUUAGGAUACUACUCGAUACCAUAGUAUGCGUGGACAUUAUUGAUAUUCUGGACCUGGACGGCGCUCAAAUCGCACGCACGUUAAACACAAUGGAAGGGUCGGAGCUGGAACCUCAAGCUCGGAAGUGGUGUACGGGUUUGAGGCCUCGCAGAUUAAAGGAGAAACCGAGAUCCUGGGACCCUGAAUCGGACUGGCGGAGCGAAGUUAAGGAGUUUUCGAGUUGUGAAGAGGCGAAAAUACACUCUUCUCCUUUCCCUACAGACCCCCCUGGUCAUUGGAAUUAA